AUGGACGACACGGCGCCACUGGCAGACGACUGCGACCCCACCUACACCCACUUUGCCCAUCGGGCCCAGUUCCUCGCCCUUCUCGACCGCUUCUUGGCCUUGGAUCUUUGUCACGAGUCCGGGGAGUCGGAAGAGGAGGCUGAAGUGGGGCUGGUAGAUGAGAUGGGUGAAAUACUGGACUACUACCUCCCCCUCCCCGGUCUACUGGAUCCGUCACUGCACGAAGUCGUCCCACCGCUCAUGACUUUGCUCGAGAAAAGUCUGCGGAUACUGGACGGACAGAUAGAUCACGAUACAGUAACAGUCAAUGGGAAGAGACUGGAGAGAGUUGGCAGGGUUGUCAAUUGGGUUGUAAAGGUCAGAGGCUGGAAAGCUGUCGUCCCCUACUUUCCCUCAUCAAUCCCCAACCUCCCCUUGAUCAUAUCCAUACUAUCCCCGCAUUCCUCAUCCACCCAACAUCACUCUCUUCUCUCAUCUUCCUCUGCCUGGGAGCUCCGCUCGGUGCUACUACUCUGGUUUGCCCUCCUCCUCACGGUCCCGUUCAACCUCUCAGCACUCUCCGACGGUGACGACCCCGUAGACAGCAAGCCAUACGGCCUCGAUCUGUCGUCUGCAACCAUCCUGUUCACAUCGAGGACCAGCGAUCUUGCACAGCGGGUCACGCUCAUAGCCGCACCGCUAUUACACAAACCGGGACGAGAAGGCGCAUACGCUGCUCUUCUACUUGCCCGUCUGUUCUCCCGUACUGAUGGAGUACAAGGUCUUAAAGGCUUCUUUGCUUAUGCUUUGAGAGAGCUGCAAGAAUCAGAUAGGGAAGAAGAAGUACAUCUCGUCUCGUCCCUUUUUCACCUCAUCGCGCUCUUGCCCUCCAUGCUUCCUCAAGGACAUCUGGAGCAAGUGGAAACCUUCCUUGCGCAGAUGUUUGAUCAUCUUAGAGGAGGAAGGACAGUCGUUGAAAGUGGGCUGGUAAGGAAGUUGGCGGUGAAAGCCAAAGGACGGCUGUGGGUGACAAAGAUUGGGCGUAAACGCGAAGAAGGAGACGAGGAUGAUCUACCUGAAGGUUUGGAAGAGGUGCUUGAUGAGUUUAUGGGCGGUCUAUCGGACAAAGAUACGAUAGUCCGAUAUUCAUCUGCCAAAUACCUCUCUCGCCUAUCCAACCUCCUCCCACCCGACCUCUCCGACCAAAUCGUCGGAGCAACCAUCGCCCUCUUCUCCGGCACCGAAGACGAGCCCGCCAUCUUCUCUUCAUGCGGCGGCAUCAUCGACCCCGGCGGCUCUCCCCAUACCGGCGGCACAUUCGCCCUCUCUGGCGGUAUCGAAACCACCCGCGGUGAAUCUCGCUGGCACGGCGUCUGUCUCGCACUCGGCGAGAUGGCCCGGCGCGGACUCGUGCACUCUGAACAAGUCGGUGAGGCGGUCGAGUGGGUACUGAGGGGUUUGACGUUUGAUAUACGCCGGGCAUCGCAUUCGAUUGGGACCAAUGUGCGUGAUGCUGCGGCCUAUGUCCUCUGGUCACUUUCUCGUACAUGCGCACCAGCGCUCCUUCAACCUUGUUCCUCUCAGAUAUCAACCGCCCUGGUCAAUACAGCCUGUUUUGAUAGGGAGGUGGGUGUACGGCGGGCUGCGAGUGCUGCAUUCCAAGAAGGCGUUGGAAGACUGGGGCAAGGGGUGUAUCCAGAGGGGAUCGAUGUGCUCGGUAAGAUGGAUUUCUGGGGAGUCAGUGUGAGGAGAAGGGCGUUCGGGGUGGCGGCACCUGCUGUGGGGAUACACAAGGUGUAUAGAGAGUACAUGAUUGAUCAUUUGCACAACGUCACUCUGCGGCAUUGGGACGUAGCGAUGAGAACCAUUGGCGCCGAGGCAUUGAAGAGCCUGGUGGAGCUGGACAUCUCGAGACUAGACCAAUCUUUGGAUCGAGAAAUAAAGGAGCUUUCGGGGCUUGAUCCCAUCAACGUCCACGGCGCCCUGUCUGCUCUGUCCUCUCUUUCCUCCCUAUUCCCAGCUUCCGACUCCCGCUCGCACAAGAUCUUUACCUCACUCUCUUCCAUCCGAACACCCACAUUCCUAUCCACCCAAGCUCCCGACAUAUUGAUUUCUCUCUACUCUCUCCUCACCACGAUCCUCAGCCCGGAAGUGUUGGAGGGCGAAGGAGGUAAAGGACGGGAAAAGCUGGGUAAAUGGCUCGAUAUGGCAGGGCGGAGAAGAGAGGUUGGGGUGCAUGAGAGAGGGGCAACAGUUUGGGGUGUGUUGAGUAGGAUGGGAGAGUCUACGAGGGAUGUCGAAAAAUUGAUGGCCGAUCUGAAAUCAUCGCGCGCUACUAUAAGACAAUACGCCACCCUCUCUCUCGGGCACAUACAGUACCCCUCCUCCACAUCACCACUCGCUAGCACCACCCAAAAGGCUGUGAAAGCGCUGUUGGGAUUGUUGAAGGAGGACCAGAGGUUGAAAGUAGAUGUGGAGAGUCGGAAGUGGGCAGUAAGAAGUUUGGGUGAUAUCGGGGCUCAGAGGAGGAAUGGCAAUGUCGUUGUGAAAUAUGAUACUUUCCACGAGAUCAUCAGCGCACUCAUCACCAGCCUUCAAGACUACUCUACCGAUCAACGUGGUGACGUUGGGUCCUGGGUCCGGAUAGCGUCGUUGAACUCUCUCGGGCUCGUCCUCUCUUCCCUGGCGCCUCAAGAUUCCUUGUUGACAGAAGAGCUGAGAGAUAGGGCUCUAGCGGGUAUCUUGAAGCAAGCUAUGGAAAAGCUCGAAUCCUGUCGAGGAGCUGCAGCUCUUGCUCUCGCCCGUCUUCGACAAGCAGGGUGGCACUGGCUUGCCGACUCGUCUUUUCACUCGCCGGCCGAUAUGAACGUGGAAAAGUUGGUGGAAGGGGGUUUCCGAUAUGUGGACCAGAGAGAGUGGUUUGCAAGUGGGGUGGGAUUACUGGGCGAAGAAAAGUGGAGGAGAGAUGUUUUGGAGGGACUUGUUCUCACUGUGGGAAGUCAGGUCGGAAGCCUGGCAUCGACAGCUUUCGCCCCGCUCUUAGACUAUCUUACUGCCCACCCCGCAACAAUGGUUCCAACAUUAUCGACCCUCUCGUCUAUCCUUUCCACCGACUUUACGAGAAACAGGGUCUUCAUCCCAACGCUGCAAACGUUUUGGAAACUCAUCUCAACUCCUGGUAUCUGGGCUUUGGUGGCGAAUGAUGAAAAGGAGGUGGUGACUGUGGUCCACGCGGUGCUGGCUUUGGCAACAAAGGGGUCAGCGAGUAUCAAGAGUAUCGAGAGGAUCAGCGUGGCUAUGCGGUUAGUGAUCGCCAGCCUGUCUGGGCCGAAGCUAGUACGGUCAAAGGCUGUCGGACUCCUUUCUCUGUAUCUCAACCAUCGAUUCCCUCGCAUCCGCGCGAUAACCUCCGAAGAACUAUACCUCGCCCUAUCCCAAGCUGAAGAUGGAGAAGAAAUGGAUGAAGAGUUGGAGGAAAUUUUGUUGGAGACGGAGUGGGUGGCUACUACGGCGGCGGAAGACGGGGUCGAUCUGGGGGAGAGGGCUGAGAAAGUAGUCGAGCUCUUACGAGCAUCGAGCUGA